AUGACAGUCGAAGAACUACAUGACGAGAUUAGUGCCAUUGAUGCAAUUUAUCCCGACUCUACUUCUGAAGUUGCACCUCAGAUCUAUAAUUUGAAAAUCCCACAACAUGAUGGUUUGGAAAUUCAAAUGAGCUUUCUGGAGAGCUACCCCGAUGAAAUACCCAAUGUUAUCCAGAUACUUAAUAACAAUACAAGAAUAUACACGGAUACCAACUAUUUAGAAACUCAAGUUAAGGAAACACUUUCAAACAUAUUUCGUAAGGGAGAAGUCUGUAUAUUUGAAUUAUUUACUGAGUUGGAGGCUAUUCUUGAGAAGUACAUAGGCAAAGAAGUAGAAAAUGAUUUGCAGAAAGAUAUGGGUGAAUUAAAAAUCUCUGAAGUUAGUACGGAAGAAAAGAACGAACUUGAUAAUAAUAAUAAUCAAACAAUUAAAAGUCUAUCUUCGCAAUCAAAUUCUAAGACAGUCAUAAUAGAUCCUUUAAAAGGGUGGAUUCAAUCAGAUCCGAUAAUAGAUAGAGGAUCUACAUUCAUCGGCUACGCACGGAAGGUGAAUUCAGUUGAUGAAGCGGUAGAGUACUUAGAUCUUUUAGUGACGGAUAAAAAGAUUGCCAAAGCCGCUCACAAUAUCAGUAGUUGGAGAAUUAAGAAAGAAAACGGAAUUCAAUAUCAAGAUUGUGACGAUGAUGGCGAAACAGCAGCAGGCGGAAGAGUACUACACUUAUUAUCUGUACGUAUUAUUUUUCUCUUUCAUGUCUCGAAUGUAUGA